UCUUAGCGGCUGGUGUCUGCAAUAAUUUCUCCUUCAAAUGUGAAAACAAGCAGUGUGUAAACAAAGUGAACUCAGAGUGUGAUCGCGAAAAGGACUGCUCCGAUGGUUCGGAUGAACAGGGAUGUGACUGUGGAGUCCGGCCAUACAAGCACAACCGUAUUGUGGGUGGGCAGAACGCAGAUGUGGGUGAAUGGCCAUGGCAGGUCAGUCUACAUUUUAAGACCAGCGGACACGUUUGCGGCGCCUCAAUCAUCUCCAACAAAUGGUUGCUGUCCGCUGCCCACUGCUUCAUCCAGCCUGAUUCAGCCUACAAAAUAACAUCCAACUGGCUGACGUACAGUGGUCUGCGGGACCAGAACAUCCAGGACGGCUCUGUUCAGAAGCGCACUUUGAAGAACAUUAUCACCCACCCAAACUACGACUCAAUGACCUACGAUUAUGACAUCUCACUGCUGGAACUGAGCGAUCCAUUGAACUUCACCAACACUGUGCAUCCCAUCUGCCUUCCGGCGUCGACCCACGUCUUCUCGGCUGGCAGUUCCUGCUUUGUUACAGGCUGGGGCACACUCCGAGAGGGAGGAAGUGUUGCACAAAUCCUGCAGAAAGCAGAAGUAAAGGUGAUUAAUGAUACAGUAUGCAACAUGGUGACCGAAGGUCAGGUGACCUCUAGAAUGAUGUGUAGCGGCUACCUCACCGGAGGUGUGGACGCUUGUCAGGGAGACUCCGGCGGUCCUCUUGUGUGUCGUUCCGAUGUAGGCAAAUGGUUCCAGGCUGGCAUAGUGAGCUGGGGAGAAGGCUGCGCUCAGCGGAACAAGCCUGGCGUCUACACGCGUGUCACCAAACUGCGGGAUUGGAUCCGUGAAAUCACAAACAUAUAGUGAAGCCUGGACCUGCAAUCAUACGACAACCAAAGCAGAAGAACACAAAUGUUGAGUGCCAUGAAUAUUUAGUACAGUAUGUGAGCCGCACUCACAAAAGCAAAAGUGAUUACAACUUUGGUCGACAUCCUUUGUGAGAAAAAAAUUCAUUCAGAUUGAACUUGCAUACGUUUCAGACUUCCUGGUCGUUUUCAUAAUAGCAUUUUCAUUCAGUAUGACUAUUUGGUUGUUAUGGCUUAUGAAUGAUGUUUUUCAUAGCUGUAUCAAUCAAAAGUUGACUUCAGCUUUAGUCAACCAAAUAAAAUGGUUCAUAAAA